AUGCAGGGGGGCGACAUCUAUGUGUCAAGAGCGCCGGGGCGCCUGGAUGUGAUGGGGGGCAUCGCCGACUACAGUGGGUCCCUGGUGCUGCAGCUUCCCCUGCGCCAGGCCUGCCACGUCGCGCUGCAGCGGCAGGCUUCCGCGCCGGGGGAGGGCGAGCCCAUGCUGCGCAUCGUCAGCCUGGGCGCCAGGGACGGGCAGCGGGCGUGCCGCUUCGAGAUGCCCAUGCGCCUGUUGGGCACGACGGAGCAGCCGCUGGACCUGCAGGCGGCCCGCGCUCUCUUGACACGCGACCCCGCCACCUCCUGGGCAGCCUACGUGGUGGGGGUGGUGCUGGUGCUGGCGCACGAGGCCCCCGAGUCCAGCCCGCUGGCCGGCGGUGCCGGGCUGGCCGUGCUCAUCGAGUCCGACGUGCCGGAGGGUCGGGGCGUGAGCAGCUCGGCGGCGGUGGAGGUGGCGGCCAUGUCCGCGCUGGCCGCGGCCUUCGGUGCCACACGCCUGGCCAGCGACGGCGCGGCGCUGGCGCUGGCGUGCCAGCGCGCGGAGAACCGGGUGGUGGGCGCGCCCUGUGGCGUCAUGGACCAGAUGGCCUCGGCGCUGGGGAGAGAGGGCGCCCUCAUGGCUCUGCUGUGCCAGCCCUGCCAGUUCCAGGGCACCGUGGAGGUCCCGGAACACGUCAGCCUCAUUGGCAUCAGCUCGGGGGAGCGGCACAGCGUGAGCGGCUCCGACUACGGCGCCGUGCGCACGGGCGCCUUCAUGGGGCUCAAGCUGGUGCAGCAGGCGUGCGAGUGCCGGGGGCAGCCGCAGCCCCGGUGCCUGGCGCAGGUGAGCCCCGAGGCGUGGGACGCCGGGCUGGGCGCCGUCUGCCCGGCAGAGCUGAGCGGCGCGGAGUUCCUGCGCACCCACGGCGAGCAUCUGGACGACGUGACGGGGGUGGACCCCCUCGAGACCUACGCCGUGCGCAUGCCCGCCGAGCACGCCGUGCGCGAGCACGGCAGGGUGUGCGAGUUUGCGCGCCUGCUGGCGGCGGGGCCCUCCGAGGACCAGCUGGAGCGGCUGGGGGAGCUCAUGCUGGCCAGCCACGCCAGCUACGGCGCCUGCGGCCUGGGCAGCCCCGGCACGGACCGGCUCGUGGAGCUGGUGCGGGAGGAGCGGCGGCGCGUGGCGCGCAGGGGGCAGCGCCAGGUGCUGCACGGCGCCAAGAUCACGGGCGGGGGCAGCGGCGGCACCGUCUGCGUCCUGGCCAGCGGCGGGGUGGUGGGGGAGAUGGCGGGGGGGUGGGAGGCUGACCUGUACAGGAUGGAGAGGCUCGGACGUGGAAUGGAGUCCGAUUUCGGGGCGGGCAUCGGGAAUGGUGUCGGAGGGGCGCCUUUGACGGGCGAGGAGCAGGACGGGGCGGCAGCGCCGCCCACGCAAUGCAGCAUCCUCCCGGAGGAGGCCCGCCCCGGUGCAGCUUUCCUGGGCAGCUCGAAUGGAGCCCUGGAGUUUGGGGUGGUGAGACUGAGGCUGCCCAGGGCGCCAAGUGCUCGGCGAGGGUGA